AUGUCUUCUAUCGAAGUGACCCAUGACUCGGCGUCCACCUGGGACUGGCCUCUCCAGCACAACGACGGCGUCGUCAAGGUCCACAACACCAAGGACAAGUUCGAAGUCGGACUCGACGUGCAGUUCUUCACGCCCAAAGACAUCGAAGUGAAGGUUUCCGGCCAGGACCUUCUCAUCCACUGCAGACACGAGGUUUGGCUUCUUUUUCCAGAAAAAAAGUCCAAAAACUAGUCAGUAAUUGGCUUGGGAUUGCAGUCGCGAUCGGACUCUCACGGCACAAUCGCUCGGGAGAUCAACCGCGCCUACAAGCUGCCGGAGGACGUCGACGUGACGUCGGUGAAGUCGCACCUCGGCACUCGAGGUGUUCUCACCAUCACCGCUAACAAGAAGGCCUAA